UCAUCCUUGAACAAAUCUUUGUCCUCAAGUUCCCCGGUCCGAUCGGCUGAAUAUCAACAGCAGCAGGUUAUGAAUGUCAGGCAAUCUGCCAGCAUAAUUGCUCGACAGAAGGCAGUUUACGAGACCGCACUUAGGCAGGCUGCUCGGGGUUGGGAGGCCAGGCGACUGUGGCUGGCUGGGAUUGUUGGCAAGAAGCGCAAGCCAGACUACUAUAAAUCUAUUAAGAUUUCCAUGUCAACUUCUGAUUGGACAAUGCGGUCCCGAGCUUUGAUUGGACGACGCGAAAUAAAGUCUCGACCUAAUCGUGGCAGUGUAGCCGAGUGGUUAGCGUAUCAAGCUUCCAUUCUGCACUGUCGCGAUUCGAAUCCCGCUGAGGGUGUUGAUAAGACCGAAACGAGGUCGAAACUGCAGUUCACUCUAGAUGAGAACAACUUUUGGGAAAGCAAGGCUAUGUGA